UAUUGCUAAGUGAAAUAUGCAAAGAGCAGGUCAGUGUCUGUCUUAUUUUUCACUGCAUUUCUGACACCACUGAAGUGACUAGCACACAAUGGGUGCACAAUGAAUAUUUGUUGAGGGAAGGAAUACACAUUUGAGGUGUAACUGCUGUGGCAUGGACACCUGUAUGCAUUCAGGUUGAAGACCCAGAUAGGGACUGUGGGGCAUCCCAGUAGGGUGCGGGGUCAUGGCUCUGGUGGUAUAAGAAUUCACCCAAGGCAGAACAAAAGAGAUAAAAGUUUAUUGAAUACACUGCAAGGCAGCACUUGUGAGACAGCAAAGGGGAGACUGCUGAGAGGUGGUGGUGAGGGGCUAAAGUUAUAGGGUGGAGUAAAAGAGUUACGGGGAUGUAUGCAAGUGUCCUUUUUGGGUAAUCUUAGGAACUGUGCCUGGUUGCAAUUGGUCUCUUAGGGCCUAUGGCUAUUUCACGGUGGCUUGUUUAAUGAACCUGUUUGCAUCAGCUCGGUGGUCACUCUUUUUGUGACCCUUUUGCCUCGCUCUACAUUCCAGUGCUCUCGUCUGUUGCCUAAAAGCAGCCUCUACAGGGACCAGAUUUUUCACCUUGAUGGAAUAUCUAAGGUCUUACUUCCCUGAAUUCAGACAUUUGAAUUUUCCCUCAAGACACACCAUAUCCUUCUUUGUAAAACCAAAUCAUGAGCAACAAUAUACUUGGAGGAAAAAGAAGGAAUAAAAAUUUCCUGAAAGGGUGACAAAGAAGUUGCUGAACCAGGGAGGCUAAUGUGGCAACUGGGAGUUAAUAGAAAAUGUAGCUCCAAGCCUCCUGGCAGCCAAAGCAAAAAAGGGAAACCCAUGGACCACAGAACUUUUGUUGUCUGGUAGAAGGAAGGACACUGAUUCCUCAAGAGCCAUGCUCAUCAAUCUGAAAGGAUGAUGUGCUAAGGAGUCCUUGCUUGAUAGCAUCACAUGAGGGAGGGAGGGAAAAUUGAGAAGCCUAUCUCCCUGGUGCAUCUAUUUGUUCAAUGGUAAAUAAAUUAAAACAAUAUUUAUAUUAGGGGAAGCACGGGGGUAUUAGGGAACUUUAUAUGAAACUCCCAUGAAUAUUAAGCAUAAACUAAGUGACAGCAGGGCAUUACAGGCUUUCUUGGGCUCCUGUAGUUGUGCCUCAGUCUCCUGGGUGAAGAUGUGACCUUGGACCAAUGACUUGACAUUUCUGAGCCUCACCUUCCUCCUCUAGUAAAAAUGAUUAUUGUGCAGAUGAAUGAGAUGAUGCGUAUAAAGUGCUUGGGCUGAUAAAAAGCUUGCUGUGCUGUUGUUUAUAUCAUUAUCGUAGUAUCAUGACCUUAUCACUAAGAGCAUAUAUUCUGGAGCCAGACAGGCUGGGUUCGAAUCUCGGCUCCACCGCUUACUAGUUAGGGGACCUUGGGCAAGGUCACUUAGCUUCUCUGUGCCUCAGUUUCCUCUUCUGUAAAAUGAGGCACAUAGGAUUAUUGUGAGGACUCAGUGAGUUGAUGCUUGUAAAGCCUGGGCACACGGCAAGUGCUAUGUAAGCGUUUGCUCUAUAUUUCAUAGUUUGUUCCCCUCUGCCCUUAGAGAUCCUUCAGGAGAAAUGCUAGGAAACAACAGCUCCAAAGAGAGAAAAGCUAUUUCCAGACACUGAUUUAUACAAGGAAUGGGUCUCUAUAACACCAGGUGUCCUAAGAGGUAUUUGCUUCUUGGAAGACUGAGAGUCAGAAUGCGUUAACAAUGGUGGAGUCUUGGCAGGUAGCUGGCCAGAUAUGAGCUAUUUGGGGGACAUGGCCUAUUCUCCUGUGGCUCCUCCACCCCUUCCACGGAGCCUGACGGAGGGGACUGGUAGCUUUUCUAGCAGGGGCCAGGGGCGUCCCUAGGGGAGGAGGAGGGAAGGAGAUCCCGGGAUCCCCCGCGCCCCUCCCCCACUUGCCCAGCGAGUAAUGACAUUCACGGAGAGGGGAGGGAGGGAGCGAAGCAGAGGGGCAGGCUCGGCGAGGCCAUGUGAUGCUGGGCGAGAGAGAGCCGCCGCCGCGGAGCCUCCUUCUUUCCUCCCUCUGAUUCCGGGCUGUCAUGGCGACCCCCAACAACCUGACCCCCACCAACUGCAGCUGGUGGCCCAUCUCGGCGCUGGAGAGCGAUGCGGCCAAGCCGGUGGAGGCCCCCGACGCGCCCGAGGCGGCCAGCCCCGCCCAUUGGCCCAAGGAGAGCCUGGUUCUGUACCACUGGACCCAGUCCUUCAGCUCUCAGAAGGUGCGGCUGGUGAUUGCCGAGAAGGGCCUGGCGUGUGAGGAGAGGGACGUGAGCCUGCCGCAGAGUGAGCACAAGGAGCCGUGGUUCAUGCGGCUCAACCUGGGGGAGGAGGUGCCCGUCAUUAUCCACCGGGACAACAUCAUCAGUGACUAUGACCAGAUCAUCGACUACGUGGAGCGGACCUUCACAGGAGCCCAGCCCCGGCUGUGCCCCACAGAGCACGUGGUGGCCCUGAUGCCUGAGGCGGGCAGCCCACAGCACGCGAGGGUCCUGCAGUACCGGGAGCUACUGGACGCGCUGCCCAUGGACGCCUACACGCACGGCUGCAUCCUACACCCCGAGCUCACCACGGACUCCAUGAUCCCCAAGUACGCCACGGCUGAGAUCCGCAGACAUUUAGCCAAUGCCACCACAGACCUCAUGAAAUUGGACCAUGAAGAGGAGCCCCAACUCUCUGAGCCCUACCUUUCCAAACAGAAGAAGCUCAUGGCCAAGAUCCUGGAGCACGAUGAUGUGAGCUACUUGAAGAAGAUCCUCGGGGAGCUGGCCAUGGUGCUGGACCAGAUAGAGGCGGAGCUGGAGAAGAGGAAGCUGGAGAAUGAGGGGCAGAAAUGUGAGCUGUGGCUCUGUGGCUGUGCCUUCACCCUCGCCGAUGUCCUCCUGGGAGCCACCCUGCACCGUCUCAAGUUCCUGGGACUGUCCAAGAAAUACUGGGAAGAUGGGAGCCGGCCCAACCUGAAGUCCUUCUUUGAGAGGGUCCAGAGGCGCUUGGCCUUCCGGAAAGUCCUCGGAGACAUCCACACCACCCUGCUGUCGGCCGUCAUCCCCAACGCGUUCCGGCUGGUCAAGCGGAAACCCCCAUCUUUCUUUGGGGCGUCCUUCCUCAUGGGUUCCCUGGGGGGGAUGGGCUACUUUGCCUACUGGUACCUCAAGAAAAAAUACAUCUAGAGCCAGGCCCGGGCUCAGCGCCUGUCGGUGUCUCUGUACUGUGUGAUUCCCAGCAAGCUCUCAGUAACGCACUGUCUCAUGAACACUUGGACAGCCACUCCCCACCCCGUUUGGAGUAAUUCUAUCGUCAAUGUGAAAACAUUCCAUAGUUUAGAAGUAGACGUUGCCAAUGCCGUGAGUUGAGGCCACGGCUCUACUAAAGGAGAGAAAGAGUGAGCGUGAGUGUGAAAGAGAGAGAGAACAGAAAACACGAAUGCCUUUUCUUUUGAUUCAAGGUCUCAAGAUGGAACUGUGGGGACUGGUUAUGAUCUGAGGUGAGUCCCAGGCUGUUUGAUCCACCAGGGCCCAGAUUCUGGGAGGUGCUGGGGGCUCAGAGGGCCUGAUCCCCUCGCCUCCCCUUCCCUCUUGCCCAGGGAACUCUUCCACAGGACAAAGCCAACAUCAACACUUGACUCUUCCAAGUGGUGCCUCCGGCUGGGGCUGGGGCUGGAGACCGCGGACCCUGGGGAGGCUCCUGAAGACCCCAAGGGGCUCCACUCUUCUCCUGCACGUGGACUGAGACAGCACUGGCACAAGCCAAGACAGUGGCACCCAACCACCAGGCCAUGCCUGGGACCGACACCAUGAGCACACCCUCUUGUCCCCUCCUGAUUUGGCCAAUGUGUUUGCUUUACCAGAAGUCCCUGGAAGAGCACCCACCCAUCACCUCUUCCCACUGGGGGUUGACUUCCCACCAUGGGAGGUGGACUUGCAGCGAAAGCCAUGUUGACCUUCUCUCAGAAGGUCAGUCCUGGCCUGCGUGCAGGGGUGGGUCUGGAGGUGGAUGGACUCAGGUCCUUCCCUCUGCCUCUGCCAAAGCCACCUCCUUUACUGCCCACCUUCCCCAUCACACGUGGGGCUUCCCCUGUGCCCCACCAUGCCACAUGGAGCAGGGGAGUGUGGUGUCUCUGCAUCCCUGCUGCCCUCCCUGGUCGUGUCUCACUUUCCUGUGCCUUUUGCAUGUUGGGAGAAGGUCUGGGUGUCACUGCCGCUCAUGCUUAGAAACCACCGAAAGCCCCCAAUAAAGCAUUCAGGAGGAGCAGUUGCUUUUCAUUUCUAGACCUGUGU